AUGCCUGUAGACCUUAAACAGGAAGCAUGGUUUGAGGAUACAGGACUCAUGGUUGUACAAAGACUAAAUGAAUUAUUGCGGCCAAAAAGAUUUGUGGCAGCACUUAUCCUAGGAAUCUCAGCCUUAAUAGCUAUCCUUACCUCUUUCGCCGUUUCGACGACAGCUUUAGUAAAAAACAUCCAGACAGCCCAUUUUGUGAAUGACAUGCAUAGGAACAUUUCCUUAAUACUUGCUGAACAGCAUAUUAUAGAUAAAAAGUUAGAAGCAAAACUCAACGCUCUUGAGGAAGUGGUUAUAGCCCUGGGGCAGGAUGUAGCUAACAUAAAAGCUAGAAUGGCAACAAAGUGUCACGUCUCCUUUAAGUACAUUUGUGUCACCCCAGCUAAAUAUAAUGAUACAGAAAAUUGGAAUAAGACAAAAGCACAUUUACUAGGAAUCUGGAAAGAUAAUGAUUUAACUCAUGAUUUUCAGGAGGUGCAAGAUUAUAUCACUGCUACCAGCACUGCUCAUUUAAAUGAUUUUGGAUUCGAAUCCCUAGCUCAGCAGCUCUAUGAGAAUGUCUCUGCUCUCAAUCCUUUCACUUGUGGAAUGACUUCUGGGAGAGGGGCCAGCUCAAAGCUGAAGUCCACAAAACUGCAUGAGGUUCUGAAUGCUUUGGCGGAGGAGGACUUUGACCAUAACCAGGAGGAGAUCUUCAUUGCCCCACCUGACAGUGCCACAGGGGACUUCACUGAUGAGGACUCAGGUGAUGAAGAUGUCCAUAUCGGCACUCAUCUACCAGAUAGCAUGUUGCAUGCUUCAGUUGUGCCAGAGGACUCCUGCACUGAGGAGAAUGAUGAAGACCUCAAGCUGCAGCCAGAUGCAAAGAAGCAGAAGGUAGUCAUGGAACCUGAGUGUGUUUGGACAAAAACAGAUAUCCAGCCAAACUUCAGCACUUGCACAGCAUCAGAUCUUCAUAUGGAAGAUCUUAAAAGCUAGGAACUGAGUCCUGUAGGCCUCUUCAAAUUGUUUUUCGAUGAAGGAACAAUUAAUUUCAUUGUGAAUGAAACCAAUUGUUAUGCUUGGCAGAAAAAUGUCGCCCUCGGUCUCAUAGUCCAGGAAUUGAAGUGUGUUUUGGGCAUUUUGAUUUUAAGUGGGUAUAUUUCUUAUCCAAGGAGAAGGAUGUUUUGGGAAACUUCUGAUUCACAUCAUCGUCUUGUGGCUGCUGCCAUUCAAAGGGACAGAUUUGAACUUAUCUUCUCAUACCUGCAUUUUGCAGAUAAGAGUGAGUUGGAUGAAAGUGACAGGUUUGCCAAGGUAAGACCUCUCAUUGUCCAGAUGAACUGCAAUUUCUAAAAGCAUGCAUCCUUAGAAGAGUUCUACAGCUUUGGUGAGUCCAUGUGUGAGUAUUUUCGUCAUCAGGGUUCCAAGCUUCCCCAAGGGAAGGCUAUGCAGCUGGGUUACAAGACCUGGUGUGGGACAACUAGCAGGGGCUAUUUGGUGUGGUUUGAGCCUUCACAGGGCACUAUAUUCACUAAACCAGAUAGGGGCCUGGACCUAGGAGGUAGUAUGGUUGUAAAAUUUGUGGAUGCACUUCAGGAAUGCAGAUGUCUGCCAUACCAUAUAUUUUUUGACAAAGUUCUUACAAGUUUCAAACUAAUGUCUAUUUUGAGGAAAAAAGGAGUGAAAGCAACAGGAACUGUUCAUGAGUAUAGGACUGAGUGGUGUCCUCUCAAAGACCCCAGAAAACUUAAGAAAAGGAAGAAGGGUGUGUUUGAUUAUAAAGUUGAUGAGAGCAAUGAGACAGUUGUGUGCCGCUGGCAUGAUAGCAGUGUGGUCAACAUUUGUUCUAAUGCUGUGGGCAUCAAGCCAAUGGGGCUGACUAGCCAUCAUUUGGGAGCAACCAAAACUCGGACCUAGAUUCAUCAGCCAUCUCUGGUGAAACUUUACCAGCUGAAGGUAGGAGGUGUUGGCCGAAUGGACCAGAAUAUUGUUAAGUACAAGGUAAAGAUUGUUAAGUACAAGGGACUGAAGUGGUACUCCAGCUUCAUUGGCUAUGUCAUUGAUGCUGCCCUAAAUAAUGCAUGGCAGCUGCACAGGAUUUGCUGCUAUGAUGCCCAGGUGGACCUUUUGGCCUUUUGGAGAUAUGUGGCCUGCGUGUACCUGGAGAGCAAUGCUGACACAUCAUCCCCAGGGAGGCGAAGUGGGCGGUUGGAAACUGAAAGUCGCUUUGACAUGAUUGGGCACUGGAUCAUCCACCAGAACAAGAGGACCCCGUGUGCUCUCUGCCACUAACAGACCAAUACUCGCUGUGAGAAGUGCCAGAAGGGUGUCCAUGCCAAGUGCUUCAGGGAGUAUCACAUUCGUUGA